AUGCUGAAAGGCGCUCUUAAAGAGGUUGUGACCGUUAUUUAUAUUUUGACAAUAAUCCACAUCACCUGGAUAAGGGCAACAACGCCCAUGGAAUCAUACAUCAGCCUAGAAAAUUAUGUUCGAAGCACUGAUUCCAUCAAACACAAGCUUCCAGUAAACAUCGCAGGCAACCUAACGUUACUGCUGACAUUCAGGGCGUUUCAGAUCAUCGAUGUGGAUGAACUCAAUCAGUCCGUGCAGGUUCUCUCAGUGCUGCUACUUUAUUGGAAGUACUUCGAUAUCCACUGGGACCCUUCUCAAUACAACGUAAUGUCCUUGAUACCUGGGAUUCAAGAGAUCGCAUGCUUUAUGGACUUGUUGGACUUCCCCUUCGAUCGACACAACUGCACCAUCUCAUUUCUGGAGACAACAGGAAGCACCGUGUACCCUGAGAUGGAUGUGUCACACAUUGAUCGAAUGGCGACACAUUUCAUCAAGAAUGCCGAGUGGAGGCUUGAGCGACAUGGUUGUGGCUUUGUACAGGUUUUUUGCUUUCAACAGAGCUACUUGAAUUACACAGAGUGUUGGUUUGUCAUGUCCCGACAACGAAGAUUCUAUCUGACCACACUUCUGGCGCCUCUAGUCUUGAUGUCUGCCAUGACACUUCUGGUGUUCUGCCUGCCGGCCGAAUCCGGAGAGAAAAUCUCUUUCGUCAUCUCCAUAUUCUUGUCCAUGACAAUGUUCCUUAGCAUUAUCACCGAUGUGAUUCCAAGGAGCAUGAACCAGAUCCCUCGAUUUCUGGUCUUGAUUCUAGUGACGGUUGUUGUCAUUUUUCUAGCCGCUGCUGCAACUGUUGUUGUCCUUAACAGAUUUAACAAAGAGAAGAAGCAAAAACUGCGUGGAACCAAGAAUAAACCACCCAGAACCCCAAAUAAUCAGUCUUCAAAUCAAAAAGAAAAGGACUGGAUUUUUUCAAUGGAGAACAACGUUAGGGCUUUUCAAAAUUCAGGAGAAAAAGCCACAGCAUUUGAUCCCGAAGGCCGGAGCAGGGUUGAUAAAGAAACAAAGAAAAGGAACAAAUCGUCGGCGUGGACUUCUUCAAUGACUGCAGCAGCGAGGAAUUCUAAUAGAAUCUCUGUCGUCAGUGAGGAGGAUGAUGAUUUCGGACAGCUGCGAAAAACGUCUUUAUGGACAAUGAUGUUUUGUAAUUUGACCCAUGGUCAGUUGGAUACCAUGUUCUUCUGGAUUUUUCUUGGUGCGAACAUUAUUGUCUAUACGUGGAUUCUUGGUGUUUACAUUUAA